AUGCCGCCUUUUAGAAGGAAGAAGGCUGCAAAGUCGUUCCCUGUUAAAGUGUGUACUUUGGACGCGGAGUUGGAGUUCAACCUUGAGUGGAGAGCAACAGGAAGAGAUUUAUUUGAUUUAGUAUGCAGAACCAUAGGGUUGAGGGAGACAUGGUUCUUUGGGCUACAGUUCGAGGAUACCAAACAUUUUAUAAGCUGGCUGAAAUUGGAUAAAAGAGUUCAAGAUCAAUGUGUUUCGCAAAUGCCAGGCACACCAUUUAUGUUAUUAUGUAAGCUAUAUCCAGAAGAUGUGGCAGAAGAAUUAAUACAAGAAGUAACACAGCAUCUAUUAUUCUUGCAAGUCAAGCAAGCCAUCUUGAGUAUGGAUAUAUAUUGUCCUCCAGAAGCUUCUGUGUUAUUGGCUAGUUAUGCUGUUCAAGCUAAGUAUGGCGAUUAUGAUGAAAGUGCAUACAAGCCAGGUAUGCUUGCGAGUGAGGACCUUCUGCCGCAGCGAGUUAUUGACCAAUACCAGAUGACUCCUGAGAUGUGGGAGGAGAGAAUUAAAAUAUGGUAUGCAGAUCAUAAAGGUAUGUCCCGUGAUGAGGCAGAGAUGGAGUAUCUAAAGAUUGCUCAGGACUUAGAUAUGUAUGGUGUCAACUAUUUUGCUAUCAAUAAUAAAAAAGAAACCGACCUCUACCUCGGUGUGACAGCUCUCGGUCUUAACAUAUAUGAGAAGGAUAACAAACUCACUCCAAAAACAACUUUCCCCUGGUCCGAGAUAAAACACAUCUCCUUCGACGAUAAGAAGUUUGUCAUCAAAUUUGUGGACAAAAGUGUUAACAAUUUCAUAUUCUUCUCACCGAAAGGAAUGAAUAAAUUGAUCCUAGAUCUGUGUAUCGGCAACCACGACCUGUACAUGCGGAGACGGAAGCCCGACACUAUGGAGGUGCAGCAGAUGAAGGCACAAGCGAAGGAAGAGAAACAGCGUCGUCAGAUAGAGCGCAACAAGCUGUCGCGCGAGAAGCAGCUGCGCGAGGCGGCGGAGCGCGAGCGCGCCGCCAUGGAGCAGCGCCUGCUGCAGUACCAGGAGGAGAUACGGCUGGCCAACGAGGCAUUGCGUCGUUCAGAAGAAACAGCAGAACUGCUAGCAGAGAAGGGCAGAGUGGCGGAGGAGGAGGCGUCUCUCCUCGCGCAGAAGGCAUCUGAUGCGGAAAGAGAGAACGCCAGGCUGAGGCUGUCUGCUAUCAAGACUGAGGAGGAGAAGGUACAUCUCGAAAGAAAAACCCGCGAAGCUGAGUUCCUAACAGCCCGCCUGGUGGAGGAGUCUGAGAAGAGAGCAGCAGAAGCGGAGAGAUUGAAGGCGGAACUGGUCGCAGCGAGGGUGGCGGAGAAGCAGGCAAAGGAGAAACUUCUCAACUUCCUCAGCAGGACGUCCACUGGGUCUUUGCCGCCACCUCCGUCAUCGACAGUGCCAUCGUCAAUGUUCCCGUCGACGUGUUCUCUACCAGCGGAGCUCGGCGGAGAAGUUCUCCAGAACGGCACGUCCGGUGAAGAACUCAACUCCUACCAACUGGUGCCCGACGACGACCCCCACGUGCACCGGCUCUCGAUGGAGAUAGAGAAGGAAAGUGUUCGGUACCAGGAGCCCAUGAGUCGGCGGGAUGCGCUCCUGAAUGGGAGUGUGGAGGAAGAGCUUAACUCCUACCAGCUCGUGAUGGACGACGACCACGUGCAGCGCCUGUCCUUAGAGAUCGAGAAGGAGAGGACGGAGUACCUGGCCAAGUCGAAGCACCUGCAGCAGCAGCUGGACUCGCUGCGCUGCGAGUUCUCGGUGCUGCGCGUGGCGCGCGCGCACUCCGCCACGCUGGACCGCCUGCACGAGGCGGCGGCGCGCGCCGGCGACGACAAGUACACCACGCUGCGCCGCCUCAAGCAGGGCUCCACCAAGACGCGCGUCGCCUUCUACGAGGACCUG